AUGAUCGAUGGCAGUCGUUCAUAUUUCGCAGUACGUGGUGAUAAUCAAAGCAAAUGGUUCGAUAUACGAUAUCCAUAUAAAGCCAUUUAUGGUUUACCAAAUUCAUUAAAAUGUCCUCAUUCAAUCUAUAAACGAUUUGAUGAAUGUGAAAAAACAUCACAUAAAGAUUGGGAUAUUACUAUUGAUGAAUAUUUUUAUGAAACAAAAAAAUUUUGUUGUUUCAUUUGGGAUGCAAUGAAUUGUGAAAUUGAUGUUGCAAAACAAUGCAAUCAUGAUUAUUCCAUAGAACUUGAAUUGAAUACAAAACAAACAUAUCAAACAAUUUGUAAUCAUAUUGGUUAUGGUCAUGGAAGUUGGAAAUGUUGGUGGACAGAAAAUCGAAUAAUCACUGUCAGUAGUGUAGUUGGAGCUGCAUUGGCAAUUCUUGCGAUAUUUUGUAUAGGUUUCGGUUUAUAUAAAUAUAAUAAAUCAAGAAACCAAGUAAUGAACGAAAAAAUCAAAAGAAUUCCAUUUAAAACUAUAAAAGAAAUUGGUAGUCCAACAGAUUUUAAACAUCAUCCAAUUGUUGGUAUGGAUGAAGCACCGAAAGCAGAGAUGAAUGUUUCAUCGAUGAAUGAUUUAAUGAUGGAUGGACAAUCGAAUACACAAUCGGCUGAAUGGUUAAAUAUAAAACAACAAAUAACACAUGUUCCUAAUGAAAUUCAUUCAUCAUCAUCAUCAGCAUCGUCAACAAAACCAAUUUCAACAUCAACCCAACAGCCAACGACAAUCGAACCAUCAACCCAACAAUCAAUGAAAGGAUUAACAGAACCAUUAUCAAGAACAUCAUCUCAAAGAUCAAAAUAUAGUGAUUGGACAUUAUCAACAGGAUCGAUAACAUCUGCAUCUGAUUCUGGAACCAAAAAUAAACCAUCAGCAUUUUUAUAUCGUUCAAAAAAAACUCCGAAAUCUGAUUUAACAUCAAAUGAAAUUAGUGAAUUAUGGAGACAAAAUUAUGGUACGGCUGGUGGUGGUGGUUUUGAUAGUGAUAAUACUGGUGGUGUCAAUCAAACAAAUGAUAAAUGGCUACAGAGUUAUAAUGAUAGUAGCAGUAGUCAUAAGAAAGAAAUUGAUUUAUGGAUUAGAAAUUAUGGAAGUACUGGUGGUACUGAUAGUGAAUUUGAUAGGAGUAGUGGUGGUAGUAAUAUAAAUAUUGAUUUAUUGACAGGUAAUAAUAAUAAUAAUAAUAUUGCUCCAACAUCAAUAACACCACCAACAACCCCCACGCCAACGCCAACACCAACGCCAGCAUCAACGCCACCAAUGACGCCAACUGAUCAUAUAUCUAUUUUAGCACGUGAUACACAAACAAUGGAUCAGAUUCAAAAUCUAGAUAAAUUAUUAUGAAUUAUUUUUCAAUAAAGAAUUGAUAAAUUAUUUUUGUUAA